AUGUGGAUUUCGACUCUGUACCGUAUCAUCGAGAGAACCAUCGUAGGUGGAAGUCGUACCCUUUACCCCACCUCGGCUAUGACCCUACCACCAUCGGAUGAAACUCAGAGAAAAAAUGUUUUCACGCCCCCGCAGGGACAGUUAAACGACGGUAUUCCCGAGGGCAGGGGCAUCAUUAGAUGGUUGGAUGGCAGUUGGUACAGCGGCGAAUUCCUGAAGGGCCUGAGGCACGGCCGAGGCCUGCACGUGUCCUGCGAAGACGGCCGUCGGUGGUACAGCGGCGACUGGACCAACGGUACGAGGAACGGACGCGGAGAGACGGCCUGCUGCGUCGGUCAACCCGACGGCGCGUUGAACUACUCCGGCGACUGGGUGGACGGGCGGCCGCACGGCAGCGGUACGGCGAGUUGGCCGGACGAGACUCGGUACACAGGUGGUUGGGCUCGCGGCCGACAGCACGGCCACGGCAAGGUAGUGUGGCCGAGCAACGACGUGAGUUCGCUUCGUGUUAUGAUAGUAUCGAAUUUCGUUGGAUAUUCAGUGGCGCCGAUCACCUAA